UAAAAUUAAAUAUUCUUGAUGAGUUUCUGUUUUCUUUGUUCAAUUCAAAAAGGAAAGAUUUUGUGGGAUUUUUUUUAAAGUUUGAUUUAAAGAUUAUAAAUGCUGGCUGAGCCUGAAAGUGUUGGGCAAUUGGACUAAAUGGUGAAGUUUUAGAUUUCUUAGUAAUUCUUCUUGUUGCAGUGCAUGAGAUGAUCGUUUUGAGAACUGGGGAGAUUGUUGGUAAGGGAAAGUGUUCAGAUUAUCUGCAAAUUGGAGGAUAGACAUUUGGUUAUGUGAGUGAUUUGUGAAGAGAAAAAAAAAAAGGAAUAAAAACAAUGCCGGUUGAGGAGGUGAUAAGGGCAGAUGAAAAGAGGAAUGUGUUGGUUGGCAUUCGAAUAGAUAACUAUAGCAGAGAUCUUCUCAGUUGGGCACUUGUGAAAGUUGCUGAACCUGGAGAUUGUGUGAUUGCCAUUCAUGUUUGUCGAAAUUCUGAUGAAGCUUCGAAGAGGAAGCCGUCAAUGGAUACUUAUUUAGAUGUAUAUGAAGGCCUAUGUUCUGCAACAAAGGUAGACCUUAUAGGUAAGAUCUUGUCGGGAAGUUCAGUUCGAAGAAUUUUGGUUAGAGAGGCAAACAACUAUUCUGCUAUAGCCAUUGUUGUGGGGAUGACCAGAAGUAAACUUGGUCAUUGGUCUUCUCCAGCUAGAUAUUGCACUAAAAGAUUGCCUCCAACCACUGAUGUUUUGGUCAUCCACAAUGGGAAAAUUGUGUCUGGAAAGUGCAAAAACAAUCACCGACUACCAGGUGUCAAUGGAGAUCCAAGACCAAGUCUUUGCUUAUCUGGAAUUAUUAAUCCUAGAGAAAUCAAUUUUGAAUUUGGUGAUUCUGAAGCUGAAACUGAGAAGUCCAGUUUUGCACUGGGUUUGAAUUCAGAAGAUGAAAUAAGAGACAGUGACACAGAAUCCAAGUACAGAAUUAUAAGUUUUGGGCAUGAACGGAAGAGGAUGUCUUUGAGAUCUUCUUUCUUAGCGGAGGAUAUUAUGGAACAUAUGCCUGGUUGGCCUCUGCAACCCAGAACCAGUUUAGGAACACCGGAGGCAAAGCUUGCGAGGAACUCAGUGGUGCAAUGGGUUAUGAACUUGCCUGAUCGUUCCCCGCAGCUAAGUCCUCGGUUUCCGACUAUCGAAGAGAAGGCACCAUUGGAAAGACAGAUAAGUUGCAUUGUGGAUGAGAGUAUUAGGCACAGUUCAUUAGAUGAACUAGGAGAUGGCUUGAAGGUUCUCCUUGAAACAAGCUCAUCUAGUUUCAAAUGGUUCACUUAUGAGGUUCUGAAAUCUGCUACUUCUCAGUUCUCCUCAGAAAACAUGAUUGGAAAUGGAGGGUGUAACCGUGUGUAUAAAGGAAUUCUUCCAGAUAGCAAGCAUGUGGCGGUGAAGAUUAUGCAGUCAUCCAGGGAAGCCUGGAAGGAUUUUGCCUAUGAAGUUGAUAUCAUCUCAUCAGUGGAGCAUCAAAAUAUCACUCCUCUGCUGGGGGUCUGCAUUGAAGAUAAUGAUCUAAUUUCUGUUUAUGAGUUCUUGUCUAAAGGAAGCUUGGAAGAAUAUUUACACGGUAAGAACAAGGAUAAACAAGUAUUGUCAUGGGAAGUGAGAUUUAAAGUAGCGGUUGAAAUAGCUGAAGCCUUGAAUUACCUGCACAAUGAAUGUUCAAGGCCCGUAAUUCAUCGCGAUGUCAAGACUUCAAACAUUCUUCUAUCAGACAGGUUUCAGCCACAGCUAUCUGAUUUUGGCCUUGCAAUUUGGGGGCCAACAAGUUCAUCUUAUCUGACUGAAGUCGACGUGGUUGGAACAUUUGGGUAUCUUGCUCCUGAAUAUUUCAUGUAUGGUAAAGUCAGUGACAAGAUUGAUGUCUAUGCUUUUGGUGUAGUUCUUCUUGAACUGUUGUCAGGAAGAAAACCUAUUGGCUCUGAAGCUUCCAAGGGCCAAGAGAGCUUGGUUAUGUGGGCUAAGCCAAUAAUAGAGAGUGGGAAAGUGAAAAGCCUACUUGAUCCCAAUUUGAAAGGAAAAUUUAAUGAAGUCCAAAUGCAGAGAAUGGUUCUUGCAGCUACUCGUUGUAUCACCAGGGCAGCUCGACUCCGCCCCAAAAUGACAGAGGUUCUAAAGCUGCUGAAAGGGGAUGCAGAUUCUGAUAAGUGGAUGAACUCUCCAAUCAUAGAAGAAAAUGAAGAUUUGGAUAACCAGAAUGUCAUUGAUGAUGAAGUCUAUCCACAGUCAAGUGCAGAGUUACAUAUGGGACUAGCAUUGCUUGAUGUUGACUAUGAUUCAACAUCAUUUAGCAGUGUCGACAGAAGCAACACCCCGUCCUUAGAGGACUACUUGAAAGGAAGGUGGAGCAGAUCAUCAAGCUUCAAUUAACAUCAAUUUCAAGCACAAGUUUCACUUGUUUUCAGCCAAACUUUAGCUCCAAACUUCAAUUGUGAGACAAGUUUGUAUAGGUAGUUUUGUACAUAGAGAAGAAAAGAAAAAGACCCAAAAUAAAUAAAAUAAAUAAAAAAGCACCCAGUGUUGAGGUGGUUUGUAGAUUAAAGUUAGGUAGAAAAUCUAAAAUAAAGUGAAACAAUGUAGGGAUUAAAUUUGAAGUUCAACAGGAGCUCAUUUUUGUGGCAUAUGCUCUCAAAAAUGAGGAAUCCAUUUAAGAAUGGGAUAAUUUGGGAUCCAAAGGAUGUUGUUGUAACAGUAUGUAAUGAGCAUACCUUUGUAAAUAAAUGAAUUUAGUGAAUAUUUUGCAAACUUGAGGCAAA